UUAACGACUAAUUUGUUGUGUUAGUUGUGAUUCAUUGCACCGAAAAUACAGUGAAAAAGAGUCUGAGACAUGCCAGCCGUCUCUCCGACAUUGUUAGCGGUGCUCACCAUUGGAGUGGUGGCACUCAUAUUGGGUAUACUUAUCGGCUCCUAUACUAUAGCGCCGAUGACUAAUGACAACAAAGCCAAACUAGAUUUGCUAAAAGGCUUCUCCGAAAAUCGCUAUACCGGUGCUGACGACCAAAUCAUUAGACAUAUUAUUGAAGGCGCGGACAGCGAGAAGCUUAGAGAUAACCUAAAAUUUCUAUCAUCUGAACCACAUUUAGUGGGAACUGUUAGAGACAAACAGUUAGCCGAAAUAAUUAGGGAUCGUUUCUUAGAGUAUGGUCUCGAUCGGGCAUAUCUGGUGCCAUAUAAUGUACUCCUUUCAUAUCCUAACGCCUCGCAGCCAAACAAAGUGUAUCUGAUUGAUGGCAAAAACAGUAUAUUAUUUGAGUCCCAACACAGAGAGAUGCCUAUGAGAGACGGGGAAAUGGAUACAAACUUUGUCGACUCUUAUAACAGCUUCGCCCCCAAAGCAGAUGUCAUCGGAGAUCCAGUAUUUUGUAAUUAUGGCCGACAAUCGGAUUUUGAUUUAUUACACAAAUACGGUAUCGAUUUAAAUGGCAAGAUAUGUAUCAUUAGAUACGGAAAGAUAUUUAGGGGCAAUAAAUGCGAAAAUGCRGCUCAAAGAGGAUGUCUAGGAGUGAUACUAUACUCUGAUCCUCUUGAGAUGGCAAGAGAGGGAACAGAACAACAGGAUCUUUAUCCCAAUAGUUGGUGGAUGAAUGGCAAAGCUAUGCAAAGGGGAAACCUCAGGACUGGUAUGGGCGAUGCGCUGACCCAAGGAUUCCCAGCAUUAGUCGACGGUGCAUUCCAGUAUCAACUCAAUGACAUAAAUCUGCCUAAAAUACCGGCCCAACCAAUUGGUUACGACGAUGCACUGGCUAUUAUGAGAUUAAUGAGUGGCAUACCUGUGCCCACCACCAGUGAGUUUCUCGACUGGAAAGGCGGACUUAACAUAACAUACAGAUUGGGGCCGGGAUUUAGAGAACAGGGAGGCAAAGUACUGUUACGGCUUGUCGUUAAUAAUGUAUUGCAACAAAAGAUUAUCUAUAAUGUCAUCGGAAUUCUAGACGGAUCGGUAGAGGCGGACCGUUAUGUCAUUGUUGGUAAUCAUAGGGAUGCCUGGGGUUACGGUGCUAUCGACGCCUCCACCGGUACGGCAGCUAUGCUCGAAACAAGCCGUCUGUUCGGGUCGUAUCGGCGACAGUAUGAUUGGCGACCGCGUAGGACACUGGUGUUUGCCAGUUGGACGGGCGAGGAGUUGGGUCUCAUCGGGUCUACCGAAUGGGUUGAACAGCAUUUGAAUCUGUUGUCACAAAAGGCUGUCGCUUAUAUCAAUGUCGACUAUUGUGUGAAAGGCCCACAUCUGAGUCCUGACGCUUCUCCCUCUUUAAUGGAAAUCAUACGCGAAAUCACUGAAUAUAUUCCGUAUGGAAACCAAACACUUUUGGACGCUUGGGUUCAAUACCAGACACAUAUUUACGGACAGUUAGAUGAGCCAAAAAUCCCGACAUUGGGCUCCGGUACCGAUCACGCCCCGUUCGCAUUCCUGGCAGGCAUUCCUGCAAUCAAUAUUGAGUUUACAUUUGAUAAGAAAAAAUACCCGAUAUCGGGUUACCCGGCAUAUCAUACGGGAUAYGAAACAUUUUAUUUGGUCGAAAAAUUUAUUGAUCCCGACUUUCAAAUACAUAAAACCUGUUCCCAAUUGAUCGGUGCGCUAAUGCAUGCAAUCGCUGGUUCAACACUCAUACCCUACAGAAUCGAUGAGUUGGCCCAUAGGGUGCUCAUUGAUUACCAAACAAUUUGGAGAACUAAUAACAACAAUAAUAAUCAAAACAACGAUCAACAAAAUCAAUACCAAUUUAUAUUGAGAAGUGAGUUAAGCACCGCUGAAAAUAAGCCACUGAUUGAUAUGUUGGAGCAAUCGUUGGCUGAUUUUGUUAAGGCAGCCAAAGAUUGGCGACAACAGCUAAUGGGUUUAGACUUAAAUAAUCCGUUUCUUGUGCGCCAAAUGAACGAUAUGSUGAUGUCAGUGGAGCGCACCUUCAUUAAGCCAGACGGUCUACACGAGAGGCCAGAGAUCAGGAAUAUGCUGUUCGCACCAUUUAAAUACAAUAAAUACUCGACAGUAGUAUUCCCCGGUAUGUUGGAUCUGAUGAUGAAAAUAUCUGAACAACACAAAACGGAUCCAUCAAAAGUGCCGCAAUUGUGGCUAUUAUUUCGUCGGCACGUCUCUGACGUUGCCAUCGCACUGAAGAGCGCCACCAACUUAUUGAAUACUAGACCGCUAUAA